ACGACCAUGGGAGAGUGUAAGCAUGGACUUCAUCAUCGGACUUCCCAAAGUCGAUGGAUGUGGUUGCAUCAUGGUUGUGGUGGACAGGUUCUCGAAGUAUGGAGUGUUCAUUCCUGGGCCAAAAGACUUGACGGCAGGGGAUGCGGCACGUCUAUUCUUCAAGAACGUGGUCAAGUAUUGGGGCAUUCCUAGCAACAUUGUGAGCGACAGAGAUGGGCGCUUCACGGGCAGAUUUUGGCGAGAGUUGUUCAAGAUCAUGGGCUCAAACUUGAACUUCUCGACGGCAUUUCAUCCUCAAAGCGACGGACAGACGGAGCGGGUGAAUGCCUUGUUGGAGGUGUACUUGCGGUACUACGUGAGUGCAAACCAACGAGAUUGGGUGAAGUUGAUGGACACGACACAGUUCUCCUACAACUUGCACCGCAACGAGUCGACCAACACGAGUCCAUUUGAGUUGGCGAUGGGGCAACAACCUUUGACACCUACGACGGUGGCAACGGGGUAUAGAGGCAACAGUCCGGCAGCCUACAAGUUCGCUAAAGGCUGGCACGAGAAGAUGGAGAUGGCCAAGUCUUACUUAGCCCGCGCUACCAAGAAGAUGAAGAAAUGGGCGGAUAAGAAGAGGCGGCACUUGGAGUUUGAAGAGGGAGACAUGGUGAUGGUCAAGUUCUACCCUCAUCGCUUCAAGCAUCUCAAGAACGUGCACAAAGGACUGCUUCGCCGCUAUGAAGGGCCAUUCCCCAUCGUGAAGAGGAUUGGCAAGGUGGCGUACAAGGUGGAGGUGCCGUCGCACUUAGAGAUCCAUCUGGUCUUUCAUGUGAGCCAACUCAAGGCUUCAACGAAGACAAGGAGGACGAGCAGCGAAGAGAGUUGCAGCGCGCACCAACACUCAUCACCAAGACACACGACCAUGAAGUUGAAGAAAUCAUGGCGGGUCGUGUCAUUCCUCGUCGUGGCGUACAUCCAAGCUUUGUGGAGUACUUGGUCAAGUGGCGCAACCUUCCGAAGAGUGAAGCAACUUGGGAGAAAGAGCUCACGCUUUGGAAGAACAAGGACUUGAUCGAGGCAUUCCAUCAAGAGGACGCGACAAGGGCGUCGCGAGCAUAGGUGGGGGAGGAUGUCACAUGUGGCAGAUGACAUGGCGCCAACAAGGUGACAAUAUGGCGGCUGCACAUGUGGCAUGUAUGGAAGACUAGUAGGAUAGAGAUGCUCCUAGGAUUCUCCACCGAAAUGAGAGCUUAAUGGUGCACUUAUGAGUCACAUAAUGGGUGACAUUUAUAGAGUGCGUAAUGGGGGACUUAAUGGGGUGUAUUGAUGUAGAGGGACAUUAUGAGGGGCAUUGAUGCCUUGUAUGAGGAGAGGCCUAUAUAAGGAGUCAUCUCCCUCACUUGUAACUCAUUCCAUCAUUUUGUAGAGUAAUACACACUAAAGAGUUCU